GCGCAUGUGCACACGCAGCGGGGGCUCGCCCCAACCGCCGCUGCCCCCGCUUCUACUUUUUGGUCUAUCCCCAGAGCUUUGCGUUGGGGUCAGCCGCUGCGGUCCUGUGGCUUGGCUCCCCCCGCGUGGCAGCGAUAUGGAGGAAUUCGACUCGGAAGACUUCUCCUCCUCAGAGGAGGACGAGGACUACGUGCCUUCGGGUGGAGAGUAUAGUGAAGAUGAUGUAAAUGAAUUAGUGAAGGAAGAUGAAGUGGAUGGUGAAGAGCAAACACAGAAAACCAAAGGGAAAAAAAGAAAGGCUCAGAGCAUUCCUGCCAGGAAGAGAAAACAAGGUGGCCUCUCAUUAGAAGAAGAGGAAGAGGAGGAUGUCAGUGGGGAAUCUGGAGGAAGCAGCAAUGAGGAGGAAGACACAGCUGCAGAGCAAGAAGGAGGCACCAGGUCCGAGGAUGCAAGGAAAAAGAAGGAGGAUGAACUGUGGGCCAGCUUCCUCAACGAUGUGGGACCAAAAUCAAAAGUGCCCUCGAGUCCACAAGUUAAAAAAAGAGAAGAGACUGAAGAGACUAGUUCAAAUAAACUGUUGGUCAAAGCCGAAGAGCUAGAGAAACCUAAAGAAACAGAAAAAGUUAAAAUCACCAAGGUGUUUGAUUUUGCUGGUGAAGAAGUCAGGGUGACUAAGGAGGUGGAUGCUACAUCUAAAGAGGCCAAAUCCUUCCUCAAGCAAAAUGAGAAAGAGAAACCACAGACUAAUAUCCCUUCGACUCUAGCGUCACUCCCUGCCGGGUCAGGAUUAAAAAGAUCCAGUGGAAUGAACAGCCUUUUGGGAAAAAUUGGAGCCAAGAAGCAGAAGAUGAGCACCCUAGAGAAGUCCAAAUUGGACUGGGAGAGCUUCAAGGAGGAAGAGGGCAUUGGUGAAGAACUAGCCAUCCACAAUCGAGGAAAAGAAGGGUACAUUGAACGGAAAGCUUUUCUAGACCGAGUGGAUCACAGGCAGUUUGAAAUUGAGCGAGAUCUCAGGCUGAGCAAAAUGAAACCCUGAUGGUGUGGGGGGACAUCGUAGCGGCUUAAUCCUGUUUACAAUGUGAGCUUCUUGUGGGUCUGUGAAAUGUCUCUAGUGUUUCUCCUCGACUGUUUCCCAGCAAGACCUUUUUUUCUACAUUGAAUUUCUAUCUUUGUAUCUUCAUCUCACAGUUUCAUUCAUUUUUACUUUUAAAAGUUUGUUCUUAAAUAAAAGUUGGUCCUAUAAGAGGCUGGUGAAGUUGAUGACA